AUGAUCAAGGAAAACGAGAUUAUAUCAAAAGUUCUUCUAUCUAUAGAACAAUAUAAAGGUAGCAUAGACCUGUUCAGAACCGCCGUCCUUCGAAAUGAAUACACUCCAGCGAAGAAGUACUUCUCCAGGCUCUUUCUAUGGAAGGCCUGCUUGAUUACAGAAUCGCUCAACUUUAGAGAAUGGGACACAACUUUAACCCUGUCUCGCGUCAUAUACCAUAAGCUCCGUCAAGAGAAGGAUAUGAUUGUGCAGUGGCACCUUCUAGACGAAGACAAUGAGUUCUAUCUCCCGCAACAGAAAACCACCAAGUCCAGCCGAUCAAACCAGAACCUGAAACCAGCACCCCAGCAUCUCCAUAGAAUUGAGAACAUCGCAGAUGAUCCUUUAGCAAUGCCCCUAGAUGGUGCUGAAACACAUACGCCAUCUCAGGCUGAGCUCGAUAACGAUCUCCUCAUGUCUAUUAUCAUGGACGUCCAGCGACUCUUUCCAGGAGAGACAAUCUUUCAUGAAAAUAGCGAAGCUGCAAUGAUAUACAAAAGACAGAUCAUAUCAGUCCUUUAUGUGUGGUCAAAAUGCAAUGCGUCUAUCGGUUACAAGCAAGGCAUUCAUGAGAUAAUAGGGCUCAUGUUCCUCAAUUUGAGGAAGGAGCUGAUUCCGCUCCCGACAACGAAUACUGUUUCUGCUGAUGAGCGCCAUAUCUUCCUGCUAUUCGACGAAAAGUACCUCGAGCACGACUUGUUCACGAUGCUCAAUAGGUUCACAGUGUCGAGUGGGUUGGUACUGCAAUUCUACGCUAGCGAAGCAGAGCUCAUGUCCUCCAUUAAUGUGUUUAAUAUCUAUCUUAUGAAGGUUGAUCAGCUCAUUCACUACAAUUUGGUGACUAAACUCCGACUUGAGUCUCAGCUCUGGAUCAUUCGAUACUUAAGGCUUUUGCUUCUACGCGAGCUUGGUAACGACUUGGAAGUACCGUCUUUGCUCUGGGAUAAGUUGGCUGCUAUCGACACGCAUACUGGCCUGAGCCCUGUCCCGGAUACCAUCAUGUUCCUUGUGGUUGUCUUAUUAAUCCACAUCAAGUCCGAGUUGGUUCUUUGUGAUUUUUCGGAGGCCUUGUCUUUGCUUCUUCACUAUCCAAUUGCAGCCAAAAUCAAGACGAACCCUGCUUUUAUCGAACUGGUUUUCCAAGAUGCGCUCAGGUUGACGGACUACAAGAAAAAUGACAUGAAACUUUAUGAAUACGGCAGGAAGAUGAACAAAAAGUACAACAAUAAUAUCAAGGUGAAUCUAGGCUACACGCCUUCCCCUAAUGGGUCUGCUAGCCCCACAGUUCUCAGCAGAUCGAAUUCCCCGUCACCCGCACCAUCUUCCCCAACCUCGGCUAAAUUUCCGCCCGACCCAAAGGCCGAGAGAAUGGCAUUUGAAAAAUUUAGACUCGAAGCUAGACUUAAAAAGAGGGCCGAAGAGAUGAUGAAUAAUAAGCUGUGA